CAGGGAUUUUCUGCCAGGCAUGCUCUGUAGGCUCCCUGCUUCCCUCCAUCCAUUCAGUCCUAUCUGCGGAGAGGUAGCCUAUUAUUGUCCCGCAUCCUGGAGGAUCUAUUGUUGGCUGAUGGUGACAUUUACCACGGCUCUGACUGAGGGCACACACUCAUCUACACACACACGUUGGAAUACAGGUGCAGUUGUAAGAGACGGCAGCAAGGACGUGGCAGCAUUUGUACAUAGCUGAGCGGCGGGGCUGUCUGCAGAUCGGCCCAUUCCAGCCAAGCCCCAGCAUGUUGUAGGCGGCUGCUACCAACAGAAAGACCGGAGCGGAGAAAACAACAAAGAAGAGAAGGGAAGAAAGUGAAGGAAGGGAUGGUGAAAGAAGUCAACAUGACCCCAGUAGACCAGCUGGACCAGCAGUGAGCCAGAUCCAGCUGGAAGAGCCUGCAACCAUACACUCCUAUCUGCAGCACUGUGAUUUGGAUAUGAAUGGGAAGGUGAAUACUAAUGCUGAGAAGAUCACUCACUCCAAAAGUGCAAAUAUGGUGUCAGACCUGUCCCCAGAAGACCAGCCUUACACCCGGACAUCUCGUACUCCCAGAGGUACUCCCAGAACGGCAGCCACGUUUGGGAAGCGCUCCAACUCUAUGCGCAGGAAUCCCAAAGCAGCAGUCAGCAAACAGGGAUGGCUCUACAAGCAGGCCAGCAGUGGAGUGAAGCAGUGGAACAAGAGGUGGUUCGUCCUGGCUGACAGAUGUCUCUUCUACUACAAAGAUGAGAAGGAGGACACGGUGUUAGGGAGUUUGCCGCUGCUUAGUUUCCGAAUCGGAGGAGUGGAACCUUCGGAUAACAUCACCCGCAAGUUUGCCUUUAAGGUGAAUUCAGAGAAGGAGGAGGGUGAGGAUGGCGAGUUGAAGGAUCCUGUUGUGUUUUGCAUGCAGGCGGAGCACGCCGGCACCAGGACGUACUACUUCAGCGCAGACAGCCAUGAGGAACAGGAAGGGUGGAUCAGAGCUAUGAGCGAGGCUGCAGAGGUCAUCAUCCAGCCAACACAUAGAAUAAACUCGGACGCCACAGUUGAUCUCAACCACACCAUGGUGACCAAGGCACCCAACCCACAGACCCCGCAGCAUCCACACACACAAGCACACAAUGAAACGGACAAUGACUUCCCCCCCUACCCUAAAAUCAAUGGGGUGAACAGCCUCGAGACCCCCCCGCCCUCCACCCCCUGCUCCGACCAGGAGGGCACAAAGAACUACGGCAGACGAGGAGAAGGCGGCGGAGACGGCGAAGACGAAGGCGGAGGUACUGGUCCUGACCACGCCCCUCACCCGAGUCAACAUCCAAACGGUUGGGGCACUCGCAACGCCGCGCCCCACAACAGCCACAGCCAAGCCCCUCUCUCCAGGAGUCACAGCGGACACCGUACCCCUCAGGGACCCCCGGAGGGGGGUGUCGGCCCGACACAGGACCCCAGGGAGCAGCAGGACAAUGUGGUGCUGAGGAGGGGCUUUGUGCCGCGGACGGCUCCAGAGAGGGUGGCCCAGAGGAAGAGCUCCAUGGCCCAGCUGCAGCAGUGGGUCAACCAGCGGCGGGGCAUGGCCUCACAGGAGGACCUCAACAGCCCGUCUCGUUACUACCCAGUGAACCGGGGGGGCCCAGGUGACUACUAUGGCUACCCUGGUGGCCCCCAGUAUGUGGAGGAGUACGCCCUGUACCCGCCAGGGGUCCGACCCGACAGCAUUUGCUCCGUCUCUACUGUGGGGGGCUACGACCGGCGCUGGACUGUGGAGGAGAAGCGCCACUCGCUGAGGGACGGACCUCAUCAGCUGUACGGACCCACAAUGCCCAGGGAGCAGUGGCGGCCGCAGGGCUAUGGCGGAAUGGAAACAUCCAUGAGACGUCUGUCCAUCCAGCCGCGCUCCAGGUCUGUGCCCAGGUCUCCGUCCUCGUCAUCCUACUCGCCCAACUUUGCCUCACCGGCCCGGUCGCCGUCUGCCCGCUUCGACCGCUUUCAAAGGGGGAUGAGGGACGACGUGAUCUAUGCUGAUCCAUCCGUCUACAGCCUGCGGAGAUCCCUCAGCUCGCCCAAGUAUGACUACCCUGGUGAUAGGAGGUCCUUAAGCCAAGGAUUAUACCACUACAACUACCCUGUAUCCCCUUCCAUCCACAAUAAAAUGGAGGACAUAUUAGAUCUACAGCUGCAGCGCAACCUGGAUUACUUAGACCAACAGGUGCUCGAAGGAAGCCACCUAAUUGGCACGGUUCGCCGAAUGGUGGAGCGCUCAUCCUCAACAGCAAAGCUCUGUGUACAAGUGCCUCCCUUCCAUGAUGUCUAUAGCAGAGAGUUACAUCCUACACUAAAGCUCAACGAGAUUGAAACCAGUAAACUCUUGGGUCGACUGUGUGAGCAGAGCCAGAUUCUGAAAGACCACGAGGCUGUUGUCCACCGACUGAGAAUGGACAAGGACAGCCUAGAGGAGGCGCUGGUGGCGACUCAUCAGGAGAUGGAGCUGUACCAUAACCAGCCGUUGGCCAUGGACAAGCUGCGCUUCAAAAAGGAAACCUUGCAGAACCAGCUCAUCAACAUCAGAGGGGAGCUCUCCCAGGCCUCCAGUGCUUUAACCACCACUCGUAUGGAGUUUGAAGCAUUGGAGGACGAGGCCAACGCCAUUCAUGGAGAUCUAUGGGAGCAGCUUAAUGCAGGAGGGCAGAGUGAACUGGUCCGUAGGCACAUCCAGAAAGAGUUUUGGAGAGUCCAGGAUGUAUUAGAGGGACUGCACAAGAAUAACUCAUCCAGAGGCACUGACACAGCCAAGCACAGAGUGGCCAGUGGUGCAUCGGGCUCCUUUAGCACCAAUAGUCCAGCCAGCCCCCUGAGCUCCAUAAGCCUCACCAGCCCGCUCAGCCCCUUCUCCCCAGUGCCCGGCUCCCAGGCCUCCCCCACCAAACAGCUGGGCCCGGAGGAAAGUGUUCCCCCAAGGCCUCCCCUCCCCAAGUCCUAUUACCCAUUGGAGCCCUCCCCUACCUUCCCUCCCUCCGUCCCUCCCCUGCCCUUUGACAGCGCUACCUGGCUACGCAGCUUGGGCAUCGAUGACGGUUAUCUUGAUGGUGAAGAUUCUCACAUCAGAAAGCCCAAAUAUGGAGAACACAACAACAUCAGUGACGUGCAGGACCAGGUCCAGGAUAGACAAUCCACCAUGAAUAAAGUUGGCAUUGUCCCUCCUAGAACGAAGUCCCCCACUGACGAAUCGCACAGCAGCUCUACUAGAGUUUCCCGCCAUAAUGGCAGAGGGCCUAAUGGAAUCUCUAGGGAGCGGCCGAAGAGCGCCGUGUUUCCCGCGGAGCUGAAGUCGAAGAUGAGCGUGCAGGAGCAGAAUGAGCGAAUUCGACGCAACCAGAGCAGCUCUGUAAGGGACAAGAGGCGGAGUCUAAACCUCUCAGGUGGCCAGUCUCCAUCCAACUACAAAGUGAUCCGUAGGCGGCUGACAGCUCACGAGAUUGACAUCAAAGACCUGGAGGCGGCGGUUCGAGGCCCAGGGCAGGAGUCACCUCGGCAAGAGAUCGCUCGCCUGAGACGGUUAAAGGCUGAACCAGAACCCUACGACCUGAACCUCAGCAGAGAGGUGCAUUUGUUCCAGCUGAUGACUCCGGACAAGGUUCUGAUCCCGGAGCGCUACCUGGACGUGGAGGACAACACUCCUCUCAGCCCCGAGGAACAGAAGGAGAAGCAGAAGAAACUGGAGCGGAUCAAGACCCUCAUUGCCAAAUCGAACCUGCAGAACAUGGUUCCUGUGCUGGACGGCCCUGUGGAUGGUGGGGCUCCAGUCAGCUCCCAGCAGCAGUUGGAGGAGCAGGAGAAGCGUAUUGAGAUCUCCUGUGCUCUGGCUGCCGAGGCCUCUCGUCGCAGCCGCCUUCUCUCCGCCCAGUGCGCCCCCAGCACCCCCACCUCCCCGACCAGCCUGGCCCCUCCCCCUUCCUCUGCUGACUUCCCCAACUCUGCCCACACCAUGAUGGCGUGAGUCAUGCAAGCUCAAGCCCUGGCUGCUGUCAAGUUUGAUGGAGCAUCUUUCUGAGGAUUCACCGGUUAAACUACAACAAUGAGGAUGGGCCCCCUGACAAAAGACUUAUUUGCCCCCCAUUCCCCCCCCCCCCAAACAAAAAAACAAAACUCCAGUUCCAUCCAACUCACGACAGUCUCCUGCUAUGUGUGCUCUAUGGCACCAAGGAAGGCUCCAGAUCUCCUACCAGCUUCAAGGUGUGAAAUAUUUCUCUAUAAUUUUGCUCAGGACAUAUUCCACAAAGAAGAGAUUACAGAUGAACUACAGUACGUUGAUGAUGAGAUAUUUUACACGCAUAAAGACAAAAUGUCCAGUGUUGAUCAGUUCACAAGGGAACACUGCAUAUGAGAUGCCCUCACUGAAGAGGAACAGGGAACAGAGCUGCAGAGAUAAAUCAAGAGAAAGAGUUUGGGAUGAGGCCAGAUGGACGUCACUGAGGUUGACUGGUAGACAAAAGCCUCACUAAAACCUACAGAGAGGCUUUGAACAUGCUUCUGGACACUAAAAGCCACAAUGAUGUUUAUACUAUAAUCAUCUAAUCUCCAUAUCAACCUUGGAAAACCACCAUGUCUUGUGGCCUAGUGAGGAGUGGUGCUCAGUGACAGACAGACUGACUUUAACAACUGAGCGAAAUAAGAGUGAAGCUUCUCAUCCUUUGUAAAAAAAAAAAAAAAGGACUCCCCUUCUGAACUCACUGUGAUGCCGGUCUCACCAAGACCUCCACCCCCUUCCACUUCUCCCAUUCCAUCAACAUGGUCUGGUAUUUAAUUACACUCAUAUGCAGCCAUUAGCAUGACAUACAUUUGAUUGGGUCAAACGUAAUGUCACCUGGAUUACGUUUUGCUUCAAUGCAUCGCCCAUCUUUCACACCAAACACGCAAAAGCCAACCCCUUCUCACUUCCAACUCUUCACAUGCUUUCCUCAGAUGCUUGGUCAGUGGCCCUAAGCUUCAGAUAGCGACACACCAGGCACCCUUUAGCGUCUGUAUGGGACGCACUUGGAAGAGCAGCAGCUCGGCCGCGGUGCUGUAAGAUGACCCAGAGCGUCAAAAGUUAAAGCUAAUAAGUCCUGACCAAGUGCGUUGAAAAAUGACGCCAAAGGGGUACCCAGAGUGUUAAAAAGUGACACAAGGGGUCCUGACUAAGCGUCAGUAUUUGACGAGUUGGGAUUGGGAGUGUGUUGAAAGAGCACAGAGUUUGUUGCAAGGCAGAGCUGAAGAUAAGGAGCAUUACAUCAACCAUGACCCAUCUUACAAAGCUGUGCAUGGCAACACCUUGUCCUACAUUCGAGUGUUGCACACGUGAAACACAAUAUUAAUUUUCUAACCUGGUAUCCUCACCCACUUUACUGACAUACUUGUAAGAUCUAGAGUAAAGAUAUAUACUCUAAAAUGAACAUCUCUGUACAUACCAACUGGAUGAACGCAGAUGUGGUCCAGCCGACAUGCUUGUAGGCAUAUAUAAAGUCUGCGUGGUCAUACAUUUUAAACCGCAGUCUGUGUGAAUCGUGCAAGACAUGUUACCUUGCAUGGCAGCUGGAUUCUCGCGGUAUCAUGAGAUCACGCAAAAUCCCAGGAUCGCAUAUCACACGAAAAUCUGUCUUGUCCGGCUUCAAGUAACGGUGGUUUUGGUGCGAGUGGCGAUCGCAACCGUUCAAAACAAAACUGUUCAAAACAACAAUGGCGGACGUGAUAGACAGAUAGUUCAUCCAGUCACCUGCCAGGUAUGUUGAUGUGCAGUUGAUGAAAUGUAUGUCACACGGAUACAUUCUUUUCUACAUUGAAAUAGGCAUCUCACAGCCUCUGCCUGCUAUCAAUGCUGCGAUGCCAUUGGUUAAAGUCAGCUUAUUUGGGGGUCAAAAUUCAAUUGAGUUGAAAUUUUGCCACAAAACGUGGAGGAAAAUCAAGGCAGUGUGCACAGCUAGGACUCGCUCUGCUGCUUGCUCUUUGUCAUGUUGACUUUACUAUGAUGUGAAAGCCGUUCAAAUUGUAAAGUUGAAAUCAUAUACUUAUUUUAAUUGAAUUAUGGCCAUUUUGUCUCAUCUGUAUGGUGGAGUUUUGUUAGACACUAAGACAGACACAUGUACUGUGGUUGGACUCGCUGUCUGUAUGGUUCUGUCCAGAGAGAAGUGUUCAAACCAGAGCUGUCAGACACCAAGUGACAUGCUUUCACCUAAUGUUGUGGGCCAAACAUUUUAAUACGGAGAAUAACACCAGCAGUGGAUUAUAUACUUAGGUAUAUAAUGUGUAUUUCAACUUUUACAAUGGCUGCUUCAUAGAAACAGCAGGCUGUGAGACAAUAUUCUGCCCUAGAUGGAAAGAAGCAUCUGCCUGAGGCAACAACAAAGCCUGAAAGGGAGAGACAGUUACUGCUCAAAGACGAGGCUGAAUAUGAGUCCGGAAGCAUUUUCCUGAUAGAACAUUUUUAAACCUCUCCUUUUUCUAACCCCUCUCACCUUUAGAC